AUAAUGGUGUUACUAUUAUUAGUUAUAAUCAUGCCAAGAAAAUGUUCAAUAGUUAAUUGUACCACAAAUUAUUUAACAUCAACUUCAGAAGAAAAGCUUCAUGUUUACAUGUUUCCAAGUGACACAGAAGUUACAAUAUUGGUUGUCAUCUAUUCCAAAUGCAUUUAAAAAGUAACUUCAAAUAUGGGUGUGUGUGAAAAACACUGGCCACCAGGCUGCAAAAUGUACAAGCCUCCUCGAUCAAAGUUUGAGGUUCCUGUUGAUCCCCCAUCUAUUUUUCCUGGAUGCACAUCUUCAAUGGUGCGCCAAACAGUCUCAACACAACCAAGAUCUACAAAUAUAAAUAAAAUUUCUUUAACAUCACGAAAUGCAAUACCUGAUGAAUUGGAUGAUUUUAAUCAAAUUGAUUUAAUUAGAUUUUAUGAUGUUGAAAUAAUGUUGUCUGAAAUAAAAGAACGAUAUCCUCAUUACUUUGCAUUCAUUGAAAAUUCAAAAGUCAUAUUGUUUGAUGUUUCUCGAUCAUGUCUACCUGAAACAAUAUUUUCUGUUGAAAUUAACUGUCAUUCACGUCAAGUUAAUAUUUAUUGUAGGCAUACAAAAGUUAACUGCAAUGACCUGCUCAGUUUUUCUCAUUGUCUUACUCGGUGAUCACAGCUUGAAGCUAUUGUCAAAAGAGUUUGUACCUCUAGUCCUGAAAUAAAAGAUGAGGUAUUAAGUUUGAUUAGUCAAAUUGAAAAUACAUACAGUGAUACUUCUGAAGAAAUUUCUUUCCUCAUUGAACAACUACGCCUCACCACUUAUUCUCUAAAUGGACUGCGCUUUUCUACUUUCUCAUUUCAAAAUUAGGAAGAGUUGGAGUUGGAAAUGAAAAAGAGUGCAAUAAUACAAUCAAAGUUGUUUUUGAAAAUUUUAAUAGUUCUGAAAAGCGUUGCUGCCUUCUCUUUGAUGAGAUGUAUAUUAAACCAAGUGUUAGUUUCAGAGGAGGAUACCUCAUUGGAUAUAGUGAGGACAAUCCCACUAAAAUUGCAAAAACGUUAUUAGUCUUUAUGAUUAAACCUAUGUUUGGUAAACCUUCUUUUGUUUGUAGAAUUGUACCAGUAUUUAAACUGUCAGUGCAUUUUCUUCACGAUUUGAUUAUAAACAUAAAUAAACAAAUAAUUGAUGCAGGAGGAGAAUUACUGUGUCUUUUAUCAGAUAACCAUCCCACAAAUCGAAGUGUUUACCAAAAUUUUGUUGUUAAUAAAAGUUUUCCAUGGCAAGGUGUUAUAGAAAAAGAAAAACCAGUUAUUAUGCUACACGAUCCAGUUCACUUGUUUAAAAGUAUAAGAAAUAAUUGGUUUACGGAAAA